GUGAGGGCGAGGGCCGAAGUGCUUUCAUUUCGAUUUCCGUCAUUUAAAAUUCAUUCCGUUCCGGACGUUCGUCGAAGAAGGUCGAGAGUUAGUCGAAUUAAAAUCAGUCCUUAAAUAAAGUGGUUCUUUAUAACUAUCAUUGUCAAUAAACCAGUGUUAUAAUCAAAAUGUCUCGCUACCGAGAAUGGGACCUUUCUUGCAAAGUUUAUGUCGGCAAUCUUGGAACAAAUGCGUCUAAAUAUGAAAUAGAAAAAGUAUUCUCGAAAUACGGAAACAUUAGGAAUGUGUGGGUGGCGAGGAAUCCACCAGGAUUUGCGUUUGUAGAAUUUGAAGACCCACGUGAUGCUGAAGAUUCCGUACGAGGGUUGGAUGGCACGCGAUGCUGUGGCACUCGCAUCCGUGUUGAAAUGUCUAAUGGCCGCACAAGAAGGGAUCGCCGAUACUCCAGAUCCCGCAGUCGCAGUCCACGAAGGCGUUCGUAUUCGCGAGGCAGAUCGGGGUCGCCGCGCCGUUCCCCAUCGGUCCGUCGCCGCUCGCCCUCCGUACGACGCUCACGAUCACGCGACCGUCGCAGCCGCUCUGACAGCAAGAGCAGGUAGACAUUGAAGAUAUAAUGGCUUCUAAAGAAAAACUUGGACAAAAAUUCUGUAAUAUAAGUGAUGUGAUGUGAAUAGAGCGAUUGUGUGUAUGAAUCCAGUAGGCUACUACAACUGUAUUUUUAAUCCUUUAUGGUACAAGCAGCUUCUGUCUAUUGUAGUUAUAAUUCGCUGUAAGGUUGUAUAGAUUUACUCCAAGUAGAUGGGUGUUUGUUCUUAAAAAUUACGUUCUCUCAAAUUAUUGAGAUCAGUGGUCUAAUCCAAGCUAUGUCUGAGGUUUUUAUACCUUGGUUACAGUACAUAUCUUCUGGGAAACCAUAAUCAGGUCCUGAGGGAGAUAUUACAUUUAAAUUGCAACUGCCACUUUUAAACUGGUUUACAUCUUGUAGCAAAUUAACAUGGCUGACAACUGACUAUUUUCAAACAUAAAAAGGUUUGCUUCACAGUGAUGAUGCUAAUAAUAACCUUAUAUCAUGCUAAAGUUUUGCGAAUAAACACCCAAAUGCCUUACAAAGUUGUAUAAUUUUUCUUUUGUAAGAAUCAACACAUAUACUAGAUACACAUAGUUACAAAUAUUAAAUUAAGACAACUAAAUAAAUGUGGAAAUUAUA